AUGGCAGGUCGAAUCAUUCUCAGCGGACUCUUGGUCAUCCUGGUCCUUGCUGCUGUUUGUGCCGCACAGGCUCCAAACGGCAAUCGGCCACAGAGACCAAGACCAAGACCAAGACCAGGAAACGGUACAGACCAACCUCGACCGCGACCAGGUAAUGGCACCGGCCCACCUCCACCAAGACCUGGUAAUGGCACCGGUAACCACUCACUCCCAAGUAACGGCACCGGCCCUCCUCCACCAAGACCCGGUAAUGGCACCGGUAACCACUCACUCCCAAGUAACGGCACCGGCCCACCUCCACCAAGACCCGGUAAUGGAACCGGUAACCACUCACGUGCUGGCCGAAUUGUUAAGCGCGGUAACAGACCCGGUAACCACUCACACCCAAGCAACGGCACCGGCCCUCCUCCAUCAAGACCCGGUAAUGGCACCGGUAACCACUCACUCCCAAGUAACGGCACCGGCCCACCUCCACCAAGACCCGGUAAUGGAACCGGUAACCACUCACUCCCAAGCAACGGCACCGGCCCACCUCCACCAAGACCUGGUAAUGGAACCGGUAACCACUCACUCCCAAGCAACGGCACCGGCCCACCUCCACCAAGAUCCGGUAAUGGAACCGGUAACCACUCACUCCCAACCAACGGCACCGGCCCACCUCCACCAAGACCUGGAAAUGGCACUGGCAACCACUCACGUGCCGGCCGAAUCGUUAAGCGCGGGCUGUUUUCCUCUAACUUUUCAACCCCACCCCCAGGAGAUUCAUGUGAGGGUGCAUGCGGUGGCAUGAACCCCACUGGAGCCUGCUUCUGUGAUGCUGCUUGCAUGAGCUUUGGUGAUUGCUGCCGGGAUUACCAGGACGUGUGUCAGAGCGGGCCUUCUCCUCCGAACCCAAACCAAAUAUAG